AUUUGUAAACGUAAACAUCAACUUCGGAGACUUGCUAUAACCUCGCUUCAUGGUCCUGGCUUUGGCUACCGUCCCCUAGUUAUAAUGCUUCUUCAUUAUAUAGUGUAGCUACUAUUUUUAAUUUUUACAAUGGAUCGGAGUGGUGUAAUCAGACUAUUUAUUGACUAUUUGAUGAUUAUAGUACUUUUAUUUCCUGUAAAUCCGCAAGCUUCGUUCUCAUCAGGAAGCUCACUCUCACACAGGCAGGUGAAAGUGGAUGCUAACCAUGCCGUGGUUUCCCGCGACACACGUUCACCAACAAGUGGGUCAAUAUCUACGGCGCCAAGUUUAAAUAUCUGCGCUAAGCUCACAGACGGUGCAGAAUCUAACACAUUCAAUUCGUCGUGCACAAUGUGUGCUGUAAGUGAACAUGGGGAAGACUUUAAGGAAAAUGCAUGUCCUCUUCAUAGUCGACCAGUCAGUGAUGCAAUUCGAGGAUGUACCUUUCAAAGUGCUUUGUCUGUGUUCAGUUUUGAUGGAUGCAACUUUGAGUGUGCCAAUACAGAUUUGACUUUGAGGGAAUGGUGUUUGAGUUCACAGUUCCAAGAAGAGUUCCAAGAAGGAUGUUUUUGUGAUGAGUGUCGGGAAAAUACUACCCUGAGAUCUUGUCCAAAUGGUGCAGAGUGCGCGACUAUGAGCCCAGGACAAGUGCUUUGCCAGUGUAGCUCAGGCUAUGUAGGCAAUGGCCUGGUGUGCUAUGGAAAUAUCAUUGAGAGAUUGGAACACCUUAAUGGAGAAGACGAAGACUUAGAAGGAAGGCUCACAGACUCUCUGCAGCUCCUAGAGGCAUCGUUUAAGCAUCUAUGGCUGCAGGAUAGAGAUGUCUUCUAUACUGUCUUCAUGCCUGUCGAUGAAGCCUUCAAUCUUGCCCACUCAGAUUUUGGAAGACAACUAGAAGCUAGUGUCAUGGCAGGAAGUGACGAGAGAGCUGAGGUUUUCCUGCAAACGUUGGCCAAAGUGCACAUUGUACCUGGCUAUGUGGACACCUACUUGCUGAAGAGAAACAGAGAUGUUUAUACCCUAGCUGGGCCGAAAAUUGUUGUCAGUCAGGAUUCACCCAACAUUACCAUAAGCAUAGAGGGUAGUGGAGAAAUGGUGAGGGUGAUACACGGCGAUCUACCAGCGUCAAACGGAGUGAUCCACAUCAUCGAUAGAGUUCUUCUUUCCCCUAGUGAUCUCAAUACAAUGGUUCAGGAAUCUCAGGGUUCCAUCUUGGAAGUGCUUUCUAGCUACAGCAAUCUCUGGACAUUCGCAGGAAUGAUUAUGAGUUCAGAAGUACUCCGGUCAGACCUGGACUCUCAGGCAGUUUCUCGCACCAUCUUUGCCGUCACAGAUGAUGCUUUGCUACAAAUGGAUCCUGAUCUUACUUCUUUGCUUCUCUCAACAGGUCAAUGGGAAGAGUAUGUGAGAUAUUUUAUCUAUCAACACAUGGCUCCAAUUCAGUUGUCUACCCAUGACUUGAUGAAAGCUGGUGUUAUUCAAAAUUAUCAUCGGGAGGACUUUGAAAUAAGGGUAUCUGAGAAUGGUCGUAUAACUGUGGCAGGGUUUGCCAACAUCACAUCUCCUGACAUAGCAGCAUCCAAUGGAGUCAUUCACAUUGUUGAUGCUAUGUUGAUCUCCAGUUCAUUCUUCUCAUUACCAGAGACUUGCUUCCGGAACCAAACAGAAGAACAGAUCCAAUGCAUCUGCGAUUUUGGCUAUGAGGGCCAUGGAUAUCUGUGUGAACCAAUCAAUGCGUGCCUGAGACCGCAUGACUGUGAUACUGAGGCGCAGUGUGAACCUACAGGACCUGAUACAUAUCAAUGUGUAUGCCCACCUGGAUGGGCACUAGACAAGAACAAUUGCUACUCAAACUUGGCAGUGGAGCUGUCAUCUCUCUCUGAUGCUCAACUCUUUUGGCAGUUGAUUCAGGCUGUUUCCUUAGACGGCUACCUCAGUCAUAUUGACGAUUCCCUUGGAGUCAUUGUACCAUCACCUCACAUGUUACAACUCAUCAAUUCUACCACUGGGGGCUCACUGGCAGAGCGACGCAUCAUGGCUUACUUUGUCAGGUCUCACAUGUUUAUGAUGGAUCCAUCACAGAGGAGCUUCAAUGAGACAUUACCUAGCCUGCAGCCUGGAGAGAAUGUGAUCAUAGAUGGACCAUAUAGUAACCUGUCCAACAUCAAUGGUGGUAUUGCACAAGUUGAGAAUGCUACAAAUGGAUUGAUCUUCGUUCCCAUUAGCUAUGCCAAGGAUUAUUGGAUCAAUAGAUUGCUGGAGGUUCAAGGCAAGAUUGAUUUUCUUACGCCAAUCUCUGGUGAUGUUCAAGAUUACUCCCAGGCUUGGCAAUUGAUACAGGUAUCAGGGUUGUUGCCAUUUGAUGAUACAACUCCAUACACAAUCUUUCUACCAGACAAUGUAGCCAUGUCAUCUUUGAAUUGGUCUACUGAGAUUCCAAAUGACUUUCUGCAGCAUCACUUAGUGAUAGGGAAGACACUGUAUUACCACAACAUAUCAGAAGAGCUUAAUAUUACCUCAGCUUCUGGUCAACAUCUUCAUUUCUUGGCCUCCAGUGAAGCAGCAUCUGUAGAUAUGAUUCCUAUUGCAGCUCCAGACAUACUCAUCCUUCCCAAUGGCAUUGCUCAUGGUAUUCCUGGAAUCCUGUCCUCCUCUCUGAGAGAGGGAACGUGUGAGGAUGGAAUGAAUGGAGGAUGCCAUCAAGGAGCUAGAUGCAUGCAGAAGACUUCAACUUUGCUGCAAUGCCAGUGCUUGGAUGGUUACCAUGGUGAUGGCAUUGAGUGUGUGGCUAGUGACCCCUGUUCCCAUGACAACGGUGGAUGCCAUUUCAGGGCUGCUUGCAUCCCAUUAGGUUUGGAUGAAAGGAGGUGCAGCUGUAACUAUGGCUACGAUGGAGAUGGAUUCUUCUGUCUUGGAAGCAUAUUUGAGGAGCUUAGGAGCUUGCCUGAGGCCAGCCUCUUUGUUUAUUUCUUGGAAAGUCUGGAUUCUCGUUCAUUUCUCAGGAGAAGCGAAGGAAGUUUCACCUUGUUUGUGCCAUCCAACGCAGCUAUUACUGUAUUUUUACAAAAUCAGAGUCGGCAUGAGGAGCUGUACCCCAUGACGCAGUACAUCCUGUAUCAUGUGAUUGCAGGCAGUCACAUGACCAUGACAGAUCUUCGUAAUCGUACAACCUUAGGAAUGAUGAAUGGUCAAGACCUUGGUAUAGGUAUCAGUCAGAACGACAAACUUAUACUAGGAGCCAGUGGGAGAUUCAUCUCUGCUGAUCAUAACGCAUCUAAUGGCAUCAUAUAUAUCAUCGACACCAUGUUAACUCCACCAAGAAUUUAUGAGUGGCCUAGAGAACAGGAUAUGGGAACUUCUUCAGAUGAAGACAAUCGCCGUCGGCAUCCAAACUUUGGUAGAGACAUGGGAAUCCUCGGCACCAGUCACAACAUCUCCAUCUUCCUGCAGCUCCUGCAACGGACACCAAUGUUCGAAGAAUUCUUUAUUGAUCCCCACCCACAUCCUGGACAUGGUGGUCCUCCACCCCGUACUCCACCCCGUCGUCCUCCACCCCGUCGUCCUCCCCCGAGGAUAAAUGGAUCGCGUGUUAGUAGUAGGGAGGAUGGGCGUGGUGGUGGGAGGGGGUGGGAUGGGCCUGGUAGUGGUAGUGAGGGUGAGCUUGGUGGUGGGAGGGGGUGGGAUGGGCCUGAUAGUGAUAGGGAAGGUGGGCCUGGUAAUGGUUGGGAGGAUGGGCUUGGUAGUGGAAGAGAGGGUGGGCAUGGUCAAUCUGGUUACAGAGAAGGCCCCGGUCGACCCGGUGGUAUGUCUGGAGAAGGAUCAAGUGGGGUUGAAGAAUCCAUCCGUGGUUGGGAAAGGUCAGGAGGAAUGCAUCAGGGUAAAAGUUAUGGUAGGAGUAGGCACAGAAGGGAGGGAAGAAUGCAGCGAGGUAGCACUCUGAGACUGGAUGACCUCAAAUCAACCCAGAGAAGGAGCGCCUUGUCCAGAGAUUUCCAUAUUAAACAUGCAGAGGCUGCAAACCCCAAUUUCAUAGGUGACAGAUAUAGACGCAACAGAGUCUCCUACAAUCAUGGUCAUUACCAAAAGCGAUCUCUUGACCGGCCUCUUGACCGGCCUUUUGACCAGCCUCUUGACCGGCCUCUGGGAGGCAGACCCCCUGGUAGGCACCCACCCCAUGGUAUGAGGCAAGGAGGGCGAUUUGAAAGCUACAGUACCAUCUUUGCUCCCACGGAUGAAGCAUUCAUGAGGCUGCCUCCAGAUAAGCUAGAUGAGUUGAUGGACCCUAGCAACAGGCUUCUGCUGCAAGAAUUCAUCGCCCAUCAUGUACUUCCAGAUGAGCGAUUGUUUGAUGAUCUUUGGCCCAAGACUGGCCCUUAUACUGUACCAAGUCUGCAAGGCUCUGAUCUAAGGCUAAGCAUCAUUGAUCAGGGGAAGCUGUUUGUGAAUGAGAGAAGCAGGGUGAUUGGUGUUGGACUGGAGUUUGAGGGCGGUGUUCUCUUCCCAGUAUCAGAGGUCGUCUCCUUGCCGAGGAUGGAUGGCAGAUGCGAUAUCGUAGAAACGCACAUCAGAAAGAGUCGAUGCAAGCGAUGUGGUUCUCAUAUGUGUCCACUUAAGGCAGAACAAGUGGGAGCUGAACAGUCUGGUUGUCGCUUUCAUGGUGGCUGGUAUGAGAGAGGUUGUCAGACGGAUUGCCAAUUUACUGAGGUCACCAGGGAAUGUUGUCAAGGUUACUAUGGACCCAGUUGUCAAGAAUGUCCCGGAGGACCGACCUACCCAUGUAACAACCAUGGUCGGUGUAAUGAAGGGUAUGAUAAUGAUGGAGUUUGCUCAUGUCGUGAGGGCUUUGCAGGCACAGCAUGUGAGAGGUGCUUACCAGGGUUCUAUGGGCCAUCAUGUAGAAAGUGCAGAUGCUCCAACUCAUCUAUCUGUAAUGGCCAGUCUGGUGAGUGUUUCUGUUCUGUUGAUCGAGAUGGUCCAUUGUGUGAGCGUGUUCUGACCUUCAUACCAACGUGUGACCCUCCAUGUCAUCAGAAUGCUGUAUGUCGCUAUGGCAACAGGUGCCAGUGUUCACCGCAAUAUCACGGAGAUGGCUACACAUGCAACACUAUCAACAAAUGUUUCUCAGAAAAUGGUGGCUGUAGCGUCCAUGCCAGCUGCACUCACAAUACAUCAGCCAUUAACGUCAACUGCACAUGCCACGAUGGUUACCACGGUGAUGGUAUAGUCUGUCUUCCAGUCAACAUUUGCGAGGAGAAUAAUGGAGGUUGCCAUCCUAAUGCAUCAUGCAGAUUUAGAGGACCAAAUAUAAGAAGCUGUGUUUGCAGACCACCUUACUGGGGUGAUGGAUUGGAAUGUCAUCCUCCUUUGACAUCAUGUCUCACAAACAAUGGAGGAUGCUCAUACAAUGCUCAUUGUCAAGAAGGAGAAGAUGGAGGUCCUGUUGAAUGUACUUGCUUCUCUAGGUAUGUUGGUGAUGGUAUUGUGUGUAAUGGCAACCUUUAUGACACCUUAGCAAGCCAACCUGAAUUCCGAUACUUCUUUGAGAUGAUGAUGCAGUUAGCCAAUGAGUCCCAUGAGGGAGAACGUUUAGUGAGAGAUUUGCUGAAACUUAAUGACCAACUUACAAUCUUCAUUCCUCUCAACCCAAAAUUAUCAGAAUUGACAUUCUAUCCAUCUCAAGUCCUACUCCAUGUGGUCCAUGACCGAUGGAGCAAAGAGGAUCUCCUAGAGGGAGACGAUGAGGAGCUCGAGACAUGGUCUGGACAUGAACUCAAUGUCGAUGUCACCUAUGAUAAACACCAUCAGGCUAUUGUCACCAUUGAGGAUGUUCCAAUCGUGAAGUUUGGCAUGGAAGCGACAAACGGUGUGAUUCACAUGAUAGAUGCUCCUCUACCAAUAUGGAUGGUGCUGGAUUAUGAUAAGGAGGAUGAUAAUGAUGAUGAUAAUGAUGAUGAAAAGAACCGGCCUCGAAUGAGACCAGGAUGGAGUUCCUCCAGUCGGAUCUUUGCUGCUGUGGCUGUCCCCCUCGGGCUACUUGCCUUCAUCAUAGUGGUUGUGCUGUACUGGUUCAGAGGCAGGAAGAUAAGAGAAUUAAGCAGACAUGAUCAAGGCCAGGCUGUAGUCUCAACCACUAGUGGCAUUGUGCAGCAGGGAACAGACUUACCUCCUGCUACUACUCCGUCCCCUCCAAUCUCUCCUGUGCCCAGUGUAGAUCAGGGAGAUAUACAAUACAGCGAGUUUGACCAGCUGAUGUCUGAAGAGACUGGGGAGAAAAGGGAGCCUCAUCGGGAGACUAGUUGCUGAAAAGAAUUUCUUACAGACUUUUAAAUUUUGUGUGGUUUUAGUAAAGGUUACAAAUAUGAAUAAAGCCCAUUCUUACGUGACUGAAAUUUCAAGAGGAUGAUUAUUUUAGGAUGGAAAUGAAGACUGGCUAUGCACAUGUAUAUUAGAGAGAGAGAGUCACUCAGAGAAUGCAACAUCUAAAAAUGAUGGAUUUAUAUAUUACAAUUGCAGUGAGAAAUAUAACAAAAUGCAGAAAUGAAAUUUAUGUAUAUUGAAUCACAAAAGGAUUACCUUGAUAUGAAAGCCAAAUAGUUUCCUUUAAGCCCAAGGCUUUGUUACAAUAAGAAAUUAAUAAUUGCAGUUUUUUUUCAUGGAUUACAAUUUUUGCAAUAGCUAAUCAGAAUGGAGAGAUGGACUCUAAUUUUAUGAGAGAUGGAUGUAGAUUAUGUUAGAACAUUGAUUAAGUCAUUAAGUCUUCUGUUAUCAAAGACCAAAGUCUUUUCUAUAACUAUGGCAGUUAACGGCACCAACUUAAUUUAGAACCAUUUGCCUAUUGGUUUGAGAUCCUGUUCUAACCGACAGGACAUUGUUAACUGUAUUCUUGCCUAGCUUACUUUUUGUGUAUAAUGAAAGUGCCCUCCUCAAAGAUCAUGUUGCUUUUUCAGUCAAUUUUGUACUAUUGUUCAUGAACUACUUGUUGUGAAUAUUUUCUAGCGAAGUUUUAUGAGUACACCUAAUUGCUAUACACAUUAGCUGUUUAUCACAAAGUGACUUAAGAACAGAAUGCUUCAUUUGGGAGGAUUUUUUUUCUGUUCAUAAAUGAGUAAUUUGUGAAAAAUUCUUAUGAAGUUUUAUGAUACAUAUAAAAUGUAAUUGCCAAACACAUUAUUUGUUCAUCAUAAUGUGCUUUAAUUUAGAACAAAUUGCUUUGAGGAAUUCUUGUUGUUCAUUAUUCUAUUGUUUUUGAACAUUUUCUACUGAAGUUUUAUGAAUACUUGCUCAUCACAAAGUGCCUUAUUUAAGAACAGGUUGCAUUAUUUGGGGAUUGGAAAAAAAAAAUCUUGAAUAAUUUGUAAUUUGUUUGCACUGUAGAUUUAUGAUAUACCGAGGAACCUAUACAUGUAGAGUGUAUAUGAUUGUAUGUUGAAAAUGCUAAUUAUUUCCAAUUAUAUGUGUAAAUGCUUUUCCUAAAUGCAGAAUACAAGUACCAUAUGUUUGCUUGCCAUUUUAGUUCAUGAAAAGGUAAAUAAAUACAUUUUUAUUUUCACAGUGCAAUUCAAUCUUUAGAAUGGUGCAGUAAUACCGGUAUUUUAUUGCUGGGAGAGUGGUUAAACUGCUUUUUUUUGUCAUUUGCAAAUUAUAUAUCUUGCCUGAACAUAUUAAGUUUCAAAAUAUUAUUUAUUUUAUUGUAUGCUUGUAUGAGAUUGCUACAUGUAUGUAUCUACAGUAAACCUCACAUUUUCUUACCACAAGUGUUUGUAUACUCCUAUAUGCACUAUAUAUAUAUAUAUAUAUAUAUAUAUAUAUAUAUAUAUAUAUAUAUAUAUAUAUAUAUAUAUAGGACCAAAUUAGUGUAUAUUGAGACUAUUAAAUAGUCAUUUACUGUGACUUUAGUGUGCUAAUUUCCACCAUCCACCCUAGACACAGUACAUUCUUGAACAGUACUUAUUCUUUGUAAAGGAGUACUUAUAUGUAUGCUGAAAGUUGUACUUUGCCAUUUUCUUUCCUACUGGGUAUUUUUUAUUUUUAUACAGAAAUGCUUUUUGUUAAUGCAGAUUACAUGUGUAUUAAUUCACGAUUAGAAUUGUUGUUAUUGAUUGUAUUGGCAAUAAAAACUAAUUUCCAAGAAAGAA